UUCACAAAGCGUAUCAGCGGGUCACAACUCACAAAUGAUUCGUAGCCUUCUCUGAUUAGCCUGUACUUGAAACUUGCUUUUAACUUAGUUCAAAAUUGAACAGUCUCAGCUUAUCCUGUGUGUUGUGCCUUGGUUGUGCCAGCCAACCAACCGUUCGGGUUGUGCCCAAGCUGUGUGUGUAGGUACCGUAGGUACUCUGUCUCUUUCGUCCGCGAUUCCCUAGGCUUUUUCUCUGCCUCAUUCACCUAUUGUGUUCAUAUACAUACCAGUUUUCCUGGCUAACCAAUCGGCAGCGAUGUCGGCGCCGAGUGUGGGCGGCGUCGGUGACCCCGCCGUCGGCCGGCGCCCGUCGCCGCGCUCCGACCAGCCGCUGUACCGUCCGCCGGGUCGCCGACUCGCCGCCGAUCCUCCGCCGGUGCCCGCGGCCGACCGGCGGCCGCCCCGUCAGCUGUACGUGCCGCCGCGCGGCCGCCGGCUCGGCCUGAACCGGCCCUCGUCUCCCGGCUUCUCGACCUGUUCCGAGAUCGUCACCUCGUGGCGGACGGCGCCGGACGCGGGCCCGGCGCGGCCGCCGCCCGGGCCGCGCCGCCGGGUCUCCCAGCAGACCCGACAGCACGUGGAGCGACUGGCGGAGGCCAGCGCGGCGCAGGAGGACGCCCGCUCCGGCCCGGGUGGCAGUCCGCAGCACGGCUCACCCCCAGAGCAGACCGGUAAGCGGUCGGGCCGGCGGCGGCGGCGCGGCGGUCGACGCUCGCGGUCCAGCUCGGAGGACCGGUCUGCCGUCGUCGCCGACGGGCAGCCGUCGUUCCAGGUGCCGCUGUUCCCGCUGUCUCCGACGGCCACCGCGCCGCGACCAGCGCACGUGCCGUGGCGCUCGAACGCCGCCAGUGGACGGUUCACCCCGACCCCGGAGCGGGAGACGGCGCGACCGGCGGCGGUGAGACCCCGCUUCCAGCAGCCGUACCAGCCUCCGGCACUGAGGGACAGGCCGGCAUCAGCGGCGGCUGAGCUGCCUCCCUCUCCACAGCGCCAGCCGUACAGCAGCCACGGCUCGCCGCAGCAGCGGAGGGGCGCCCCAGCUGACUCGCCCCGGCGCGGCGCGGCGACGCCGAACUGGCGGGACAGUGGCGACCCGCGCUCCCCGCCGGCCUGGGAACCGACCUCCCCGCGUGGGACACGGAAGCGACGUUCGCAGGACGCACGGACGAGCCCGAGAGUGAAGCCGCCGAGAGACGGCGCCGGUGUGAGACCGUCCCCAGCCGCAGUCGGUUCUGACCUCAUUGGAGCUCAGCCGGCCAGUCCAGAGCAUGACCGGUCACCGAGCGUGACCGCCUGUGUGGCCCCCUCCUCAGUACCUAGCAGCUCAGUCGUAGAAGCUGUCGUCGAAAUGGAGGUAGACGUGGAGCCUGCGCUGCCGGAGAGACAGUUCGACCUCCUGGUGAAUACAACAGACGAUGAGAAGGCGUCCCUGAGCGCCCGCCGUGUUGUGACUGAGACAUGUGUUAGAGUGGAAUGGGGUGCGUCGGGGGAGCAGCCGGAGUCCUGGGGCGGCCGCUCGCCCGUCAGUGUCCUGGAAGCCACGACAGCCACGAUGGUACUCGGAUCUCCAGUAGAGGUGGAUGACUCCUGGCUCCCUGCGCCGCUCCCGUCAAUGGACGACCCCGAGUCUACCGCUCCCUCAGAACCAUCCCGGACCGAGCAGACCCUGGCAUCAGACCCAGCCCCGUCCCGACGCCGGUCGUCGGCGUCGUCGGGGGUGGUUUACGAACAGUUCGACUGGGCCGACGAGAUGGAGGAGUGGGAGAAAAACUACACCGACGACGGAGAGCCCACCGGCAAGGUGGCGCCACCGGCCGCGCCGCGACCCGUCAUCGACUACCUGGCCUGGCGGCCGCCGUCGCCCCCGCCGGCCGAGGAGCCGGACGGCGCCGCCGAGCCGGCGGAGCUGCCGUCGCACGUGCUGGAGGUGUACGACUUCCCGGCCGCGUUCACCACCCAGGACCUGACAGUGGUGUUUCAGGAGUUCGGCGCGCGCGGCUUCGACGUCCGCUGGGUGGACGACACACACGCACUGGCCGUGUUCGCCAGCGCCUCCGCCGCGGCCGUGGCUGAGACGCUGCUGCGGGACCACCCGCUGGUGCGGUGUCGGCCGCUGUCGCAGGCCUCGCCCAAGGCCCGCCAGAAGGCCGCACGGUGUCAGCAGACGGCCGAGCUGCUGCCACACCGGCCGCGGCCCGAGACCUGCGCCCUCCAGGCGCGGCGCAUGGUGUUCAGCGCGCUGGGCAGACGCGACUCGGCGCCGCGCGAGCAACGGGAGCAGGAGCGGCGCCAGCUGCAGACGGCACGAGAUAAGAAGCGACUGGCCGCUAAGCAGAAGCAGGACGCGUGGGAGGGCAACUUCAGCUGAAGAACUGACGUCCGACGGGGAUCGGCUGGUGCGCGAUCCACCAAGUCAGGGUGAGGGGCUGAGGGGCUGGGGGUUACUGACGGAGGUCGGUCGGGUGGGUGCGGUGAAGGCAAUAUUGACAGUUUUGUACUGGACGUGAGCGAGAUGGAUUCUCCUGGCGGAAGAUAUAACCCACAGCGGCUGUGGAAUUUCGUGGAGUAACUGGGCGGGAAGUUUCAGAGUUUCAUCCAUCGAGCGGUCGUAGGAUAACAAUGAACUAUCAUUAGCUCACCUGCAGUGUAGCGUGUUUAGGUGCCGGUUUUCCGACGCACAGCUUUACAAGAAAUGUUGCGCCGCAAUGCCCGUACAAAACGUGGAUCCAAAGCCCGCUCACUGCCGUGACGAUAUGUGAUCACUCUCGAGUAGUCGGUGAAGCUGUAGGUUGUCACGUGGUGUCACUCUCUUUCACCCGAUCAAAGUCUAUGUCGUCCCUAUAAAUGUCUUGCUAGCUGUAGUGAAAAGACAUUUGAGUAUUAUUUUAUCAUGAAUGACAUAUUGCUUCCUGGCUUAGGAAAAUUGUCUGUCAGUUAUUGGGUGGCAAAUUGAAACAGCUAAGCAGAUCUUAUUUAAUAUUUUAUUUGUGAACAUGUUUUUGUUCGCCGUGUUGGUUUUCAUCAUAGAAGGCCGCUUGUCUUAUAAUAAGUCGCUUCAUUUUUGUGCGUCGAGAACACUCACUACAAUUGCUGACAGACUUAUCCCUGCUUCUGAAAGUUUAGUGUAAAAAUGCGGAUCUUGUUACAAAAGCCGUCAAGCAGUAAUUACUAACGCCAUAACGCCCAUCGCCUAUAGAUAGGCGACAUUGUGCACUGCUAGGCUAGGAUAUUGUGCAUCCGAACAUUCGAAUCUUUGCGUCCAUUUGCUUUCUGCCAUAAAACUGAUCACUGUUGCCGCCGAGGUGUAGAUUUAGUACCCGAUUUAUGUGCUGACGGUACAAAAGUGCGCCUACUUAGCUGAGUGAUUGAGGUCCAUGAUUUUAUACCCUGCUUGUGUUUGUGUUUGUGUUUGUGUUUGUGUUUGGUUGAAGUACGCUUAGACUGUAAUGCAUGCUCAGUUUUUGUGCAUUUGUCAGCAAUUCUAUGCGUUAGUGAUAUUUUCCUUUUCACCCCUCCCUGUCAAACCAUCUCGAAAACUGUGUUCUUUGCUCAAGAUAAGUGUGUCGUUUUCCCGGCUUUAAUUGCUGCAUUAGACGACCAUGCGAUAUUUGAAGCUCUGGUUAGCAGCUCGUCCCUGCAGCCCGCAGGGUUUUCUAUAUAGGAUCACUCUCAGUUGUGUACCAAGUGAGCUGACUGACGCGUCAGGCGCCGACGCUCUGUAGGAAGCUGUGUUCAUUCGUGAAGUCUACACACCUCACCUGGCGUUUGCGACGCGCUGUGGUUCGUGUUUAUGCGAACCGUUCCUGUUGUGUCUCGGUGGUGCUGGGUCCGAACUUGCGGACGGGAUCCGCUCACUCUGGCAGAGCUGUAAAUGACGCUGGGUGUGGCCGGUGCGUUGGUCGGUUUGUACAGACACGACAUGCGGUCAAAGUUGGGCGGAAUUCGCGCUCUACCCCGUCGCGUGUGAGUGACUGAAUGUGUGGGGUGACGACUGAUCCGACUGGCUCCCUCCGUCCUCCGUACGUCCUGUCAGUGUGUGACCAUACUGUCCUUGCCAUCCAGGGCAGACGGACCGAACUUCCCCCAUGUGUGUCGACGGGGAUGCCGCGGGCACGGGCGUGUGUGGCGUGUUGUAGCGGUGAGAGAGGUGAUGAGCUGAAUCUUCCUAUGAGCCAACAAAGCUGUGUCCAAAGACGUAAUUCUGGUGCUCUCUUGAGUUGGUGAGAUGCUGUGCCGUGUCACUGACCUCAAAUACACGGAGGUAUUUGGAA